UUCUUUCUCUUCCAAUUUGGAAGGGAAAUCAACCUGUAUAAGGGUCUUGGAUGCAUAAAUUUAGUGCUUGUUCUUUCCUCAUAUUCUUCACCAGGAGGAAUUACCUCUUUAUGCCUUAGUUUCUACACUGCAUUGGUCUUACUUGGCGGUACAUAACAAAAAAAGGGUACCGUUGAAUCAAUAUUUCUGAUCAAAUAUGGACGAAAGCAAGAAAAAAAUCACCAUAGUUGCUGUAUGUUCUUGUUUGCUGGUUGCUAUGGUGGUCGCCCUUAUCGCAGUCGGCCUGCAGGACGAGGACAAAGAGGUACAGGACGUAUCUUCCUCCAAGAAGGCUAUCACAAGCCUAUGUGAAACAACCGAUUACCAAGAAGCUUGUGUGGAAAGCCUCAACGCUUCAGGAACCAACUCCACCAACCCGAAAGAUCUCAUAGACGCCAUUUUCCAGUCUGCCAUCGACUACAUUAAGGAGGCAUCAAAGAAUUCGACCGUUCUCUUAGAACUCCAGACUGAUCCAAGAGCAAAAGCAGCUCUUGAAAACUGUCAAGAGUUAGCGGAUCGUGCUGUCCAUGAUCUCGAGAGAUCUUUUCAGUCGUUUAACAAUUUUGACAUUACAAAUAUGGAUGACUUACUCUUGGAGUUGAAGAUUUGGCUUAGCGGUGCCAUCACACACCAAGAAACGUGCCUAGAUGGCUUUGAAGGCGUUCCCGGAGAGGCUGGGGAGAAAAUGAGAGUAUCCCUCACAAAGGCCAUGCAGAUGACUAGCAAUGCUCUUGCAAUGAUGGCUGAGCUAUCUACGUACAUCAAGUCUUUGGGUAUCGAGAGCUCCACUAGUCGUCGUCUCUUGUCAGAAAAUGAAGCUGUCGUGGGACACGAUGAUGAACUACCUAACUGGAUGGAUUUGAAUAAGCGUAGACUACUGAGUGCUUCGCCACAACAAAUUAGGCCACAUCUCGUCGUGGCUAAGGAUGGGAGUGGCAAGUUCCGCACGAUAAAUGAGGCAUUGAAACACAUACCUAAAAAGAGGGAUGAGAUAUUUGUAUUGUACAUUAAAGAGGGUGUUUAUGAAGAGAGGGUGCAGGUUAAUAGCAGUUUGACACACUUGUUGUUUAUUGGUGAUGGACCGACGAAAACAAGAAUAACUGGAAAAUUGAACUUCAUAGAUGGAACCAACACCUACAGGACUGCCACUGUGGCUGUGCAAGGAGAUAAUUUCAUGGCCGUGAACAUCGGCUUUGAAAAUUCUGCUGGUCCACAAAAGCACCAGGCCGUGGCAUUGCGUGUUAGUGCCGACAAGGCGAUCUUCUAUAAUUGCCAUAUGGAUGGCUAUCAAGAUACCCUCUACACGCAUACGUAUCGCCAGUUCUACAGGGAUUGCGUUAUCUCAGGCACGAUCGACUUCAUUUUCGGGGAUAGUGCUGCUGUCUUCCAAGGCUGCACAUUGCUGGUCCGAAAGCCUUUGGACAACCAACAAUGCAUCGUCACUGCACAAGGUAGGAAGGACGUGCGCCAGCCUACAGGACUUGUCAUCCAAAACUGCUCCAUUAAAGCUGACGAGGCAUACUAUCCCCUAAGGAAACAGAUCAAGUCAUACCUCGGCAGGCCCUGGAAACAAUACUCCAGGACCAUUAUCAUGGAGUCUUUCCUGGACGACUUGAUCCAGCCCCAAGGAUGGCUGCCGUGGAACGAGACGUUCGCCCUGCAAACACUGUUCUACACUGAAUUCAACAACAGAGGCCCAGCUGCGCCCAAGUCAGAACGCGUUAAAUGGGCCGGCAUCAGAGAGUUGCCAUCAAACCGGAUUCGACGUUUCACACUUGAAGAGUUUCUUGACGGUCACAGGUGGAUACCACAGACUAAGGUGCCGCAUGCUUCUGGCUUUAUCUUCGAGGUGCCUAAAGAGGAUCCUAACGUUAAGUACUCACCCGUGGUGCCCGAAGAAAACAAAGAUUUGGGAUCAACAAGCGCCAAUAACACUGCUCCUAGUCCCAGCAACCAAACUAGUUCAGAGACAACUUCAUCUACCUCUUCUAACAGCACUUCACCUUUGGCUCCCCAAUCAGGAACCGCUGCCCCUUCACUCUCCUCUCGUAGUUACAGCCCAGCUUCCAUUUCUCAGUCAAAUACACAGGAAUCAAAUACAGCUACUUCUCCACAGACCUCUACCUCAUACUCAUCUGCUAAUCCACCUAUUUCUCCUAGCGGCAGUUCAGCGUCCAGUCCUCAUUCACAUCAAACCACUUUCAUCCCACAUAUCACUCCUAGCGGCAGCCCAGCCUUGAGUCCUCAGUCAGAUUUCUAUAUGUCAAAUGCAGCUGCUUCUUCACCUGGCUCUCCCAGUGCAAGUGCAAUUGGGGUUCCUACUGCUUCUCCAGCUGCCUCUCCGGGCAUCAGUUCUUUCUUGGGUUCUCCAUCAGGUUUAGGAUCUGCUCCUCCGCUGGCCUCUCUUGGCGGCGGGUCCCCUGCAGCUUCUCCUGCGCCUAUGAUCUCUCCUGGUAGCAGCGCGGUUUCUGCUCCAAGUUCGGAUAUUACUGCUUCUCCACAAUCAUCAUAUUCAUCUUAUGCUUCCUCCCCUAGCUAGCCUUCCUCCGUGCAGGUUUCAUUAAGUUUUCUGUCAUGGGAAUGUUUCUCGGAGGAGUAUCAUGAUAUUUUUGAAAGUAACUUGUGUAAAAACACAGACAUUCUCGUACGAGGUUGGUAACUUGGACACCCUAUUUACA